UAUGACCAUGUAGAUGAGGGGGGGGGGUACUUCUCUUAAAAAGUCGGAAAUGUCUCCAACAGCUUUGGUAUGAUGGUGUUCGACCAUGUGAUCUCCUCUACAAGAAUUUGUUUUCUCAAUGUGUCCCCUUACAGGAUUGUUGAAUAAUGCCGACAAAUCCAAGUUUAUAGCAGUGAUAAAUUGCCCCUAUUUGAUCUCUGAAGCAUUGGAUUUCAAAUAUAGGUGAUUUCACAGUUUCCCUUGAAUAAUGGAGUCUAUUGACGAGAAGACAGAAAAUAUUUUUGACAUCAAAAUAACUAUCACUCGUGCAACCAACAUGCAUGGGAAAAAAGCAGGAAAUGUGCUCAGUUUUCUUCGGAUGGAUCUCAAUGGUGCGAUGUUGGGAGAGUCUGAAAAGCGUGCAGUUGAUCCCAUAGCAGAGUACAUUGAGUAUGACUUCUCCCGCACAUUUCCCUGCUGCAAUGAAGUUCUGCCUCUCAGUGACAUCCCGCAUAAGCCGGUCAUAGUGACGUUGACAGAGGUUGUUCCUGAGAAGAAAAAAGCAGAAGCAAAAUCAGUAGUGCUGGGCCAAGCAGUGAUUGACCUGCUACCUUUGCUGCAAGGUGAGUGCAGCUUCUCGUCCACAGUCGCGCUGCAUGCAACGCACGGUGCCCCAGAAAAGGGCUCCACCCCAGCCCCUGUUACCAAGCACCCGACUUUGGACGUAUGUGUCAGUGCAUCGGCUCCAUUAUUGACUGAAGAACAGCUUUCCACUUCCAACCUGAUGAAAGUGUCUCUGGAGACGGCCUAUUCUCUCCCUGACACAUUUAAUCAGAGUUUUGGGCCGUCAGCUCCUCAAUACAUAUGCACUGCCAUAAUGGAGGUCCCGUGUACUGCUGAGAAAGACCAGCUAUUGUUGUUUAGUGAAGGACAGCUCCAUGCAGGAGGGCACCGGGAAGACAACGGCCGACAGAGGAAGAGGCCACAUCAUGCCCACCUGGCCCCAGGCAACCACUUCUUGCCAGGAGCUUUUUUCCACACCCAACCCAUUGAUCAAGAAGAUGGCGAACUUACUAGUUUAGAGGACCGCGAGUUUCGUAAUGAAGCAGAGACCUUAUUGAACAGAGUGAGCUGGGACACAGAAAUGCCCUGUUUUCUCGAUGCAGAAGGAGUCACCAGGCUACGUCAGAAGAUCACCGAGAGCAGAUUCUGGCCACUUGAGAUCAUGAAGUCACCCAAUGCCAAUGAAAAGUCGGGAGCAGCUUCCAAAAUGCAAGCAGAUGAGGACCCACACAUCCCCUGCCACGGUGUGGCCUUUAUUGAUAUGGGCCGUUUACUUUAUCCUGGAGUUACCCACAUUCGAGGAGCAUACAGCAUUCAACCUUAUUCAACCACUUUAUUACUAAACAAGACCAGACGAAAUAUCAGUUUGUUCAAAGAGCAGUUUAAGCCCGGAGCCAGCAAAGACCGUUCUGGUACAGCUACAAGCUCUGCAAAGACCAAUACGGGAAAGGCUAAGGAUACCAAGGGACAUGUUAAGGGGGCUGGAAAUCAGAGUAUAUCAAGUGUGACUGAUUUGAAUGGAUCAGAUCCCAUCCCUCCAGACAGAAAAGCAUAUCUGGACUUCCGGACAUACAUUAUAAUUGAAAUUACACUGACAAAUCCACUAAUACCCAAAACAUCUUCAGAAGAGUUGGCAAGAAGGGUGAAGGCACUGAUCCCACCGAGGCCUCCAUCAUCUGGAGGACCAAAUAAAGCUGAAAGAGCAGUACUGAACUUUCACAAACAGGUGGGCAAUGUGGUGAAGCACAUUUUGGAGCAGUAUGAGGAAUUGUUUGGAACAAGACUAAAACUGCCCAAUGGCUGCAAUCAGGAGCAAAUGAUGGCUCAGCUCAUGGGAGCUCUCAAUGUGUCCGGCAGAUAUUUUGCUUUCAAAGAGCAAAUAAAGCCCACUGUGGUGAAGUUUGUGCGUGACAAGAUGCAACAGACAGACACGUUUACUGAGCAACAGGAUCUACACGAAUUUGUCAGCAAGCUCUAUGUGGACCUGGUCGAUGAGAUGCAUGUUGCUCUCAAUAAAAUUUAUUCAAAUGGAAUGGAAGAUGACUCCCCUGAUGAGAUCCAUUUGAGUACCUCUCAUCUUAGACAUUUUGCCCGAGAAGCUCAGCUCAUUGGGAAUUACCAUCUGGCUGUUCAGUACUACCAAGAGCUGGUUGUCAGGAAUCCCCGUGAUCCAUCUCACAAAUUUGAGUGGGGAAACCUCUACAUGCAGACUGGAGAUUAUAUGAAGGCUAAAAUGUGUUUCCAUGAUGCUGUUGCCGUCCAGCAGUCCCACCAGCCCAGUCUGAUUAUGUGUGGUGUGCUGGCAGCCAUGUUUAAUGAUUUUGAGCAAGCUGAGACUUUCUUGGAGCGAGCUACCAGCAUAGAGCCUCCAAGUUUGGUGGCCUGGACGUUGCUGGGUUUGGUUCAGGACAGUCAGAACAAAUCCAUCCUAGCUGAGAGGGCUUUCCUGGAAGCCAAAAGCCUUCUAAAGGCAAAGGAAGCCAGCAAUCAGCCGCACAAGAGCGAAGAGUCAGAUAUGGAUGAGGAGAGUGACAAACAAAAGUGCCAGGAAGAAGAAAAGACCAUUGCACCUACCAGCCACUCUCCUAACAUGAAGCAGAGUGACACUGAGACUGGGGAUACCGUGCAUAGCGAGCCAAAAGAAAAAGUCAUCCCCAAAUCCAUUUACACAGAGACCCUUGAGUUUCUGUUGCACAACUACGCCCUGGAGAUGGCAGAGCAUGCUCUUUCCAAGGAACUGUCAUCAAAGGGCAAUCACAGUUUUCAUCUGGCUUGCGUGCAGUUCCUCAGAGCCGAAUAUUGCAGUGCUAUUGUCACCCUCAGGGAGGCGCUGCUUCGGGUAGAGCCGGUUGCAGAUAUGUGGGCUUUGGAUGGUCACUGCCACUACUUGUGCGGCUCCUUCGCUGAGGCCCAGGGAAGCUAUGAACGGAGCCUAGACUUCCCAGAGCAGCCAUCAGACACUCACCUUGUGCUUCUCCGCCUAGGAUCCAUCUAUUUACAGGAGGAGAAGUUUGAGCAAGCUAAAGUGACUUACCUGCAAGCUUGUGAAAAAUCUCCCUCCUGCCUCACCUGGUUGGGCCUGGGUAUCUCCUGUUACCGGCUGGAGGAGCUUUGGAUAGCUGAAGAAGCGUUGACAGAGGCCAACCAUUUGAACAACCAGAACGCUGAGGUGUGGGCCUACUUGGCGCUUAUUUGCCUCAGGUUUAGCAAGCAAGAGGAAGCAGAGUUGUUUUACAAGUACGCUAUCAGGUUCAAUCUGGAGAAUGCAUCGCUUCAGAAGGAGGUGAAAAAGCUGCAGGAUCAGGCCCAAACCCGUCCACUGGCAUCAUGCUUUCAACUGCACGUUUGACAGAGUGGUUUCAAACUAGGGAGCAACCAUAAAAUGCAUUUGAAAUCUCUUGUCUUAUUUCAUUGUAUACAAGUAUCUGACUGUGGUGUUUCUAGAAAUGCAUUACCAUAAUCAAUUAGACUGACUCUAAAUCACAUGAGCUGGUUUCAUUUACUGGCCAC